CAGGAGUGAUUUUCAGGUUUAUACUUAAAAACGUGCCUGUUCUGAAGCAGCUGGGCUCAAUUCCACAACUAUUGGCGAGGAGGAGGGAGAAGGAAGAUGGUGCUGGAGUACCAGGGUUGGCUCCAGGCCAGGAGGAUGCCGCUGUGUCCUUUCAGCUGAGCAAGGUCUUAAAUUUCUUGAAGUUGAUUUUUGUGUGGGGACUAUACUAGUUUCAAGGUGGGAAAAAAAUGACAGCCAGCAAAAGAGCCCAUUUUUUGUCAAGAGGAAUUUCACGGAGUAGAUCUGAGGGAAAUUUGGUUGAUAUGGAUACCCGGAAAUUCUCAAAAAGUUGCAAUCUUACAGAAUGUCAAGACCGUCCUGGGCUGCUCAACCGGCCAGCUGCUGUCACCCUUCAUGGCCCUAAUGCUUCCAAAUCCACGAAUCCAUUCUGGAAUGAACUGGCCGCUUCCAACCCAUUUUUGGAUGACAUCACACAGCUAAGCAAUAAGAAGAGUGAUCAAAUCUCCAUCUUAAAAGAAGACCCCUUCCUUUUCCAUCGAGAUAUAGAAACGGGAAAUUCUCUGGAUUCCUCUGGUGAUGAACUAGAUGUUCACCAGUUAUGCAGGCAGUCUGUCUCAAGGAAAUCGGGAAGAUCUAAAAGUGUCUCAGAACUGUUAGGCAGUUUAGAUGACACGGCGCAUGUCCCUGAGAGUGCACGGGCCUCUGACCAGAUCCUGUUCCACGACUUGGAAUGGCUUCAGAAUGAGCGCGAGGCUUACAGAAUGGCGUGGUUGAGUCAACGCCACCUGGCGCGGUCCUGCCUGGAUUUGAAUCUAAUCAGUCAGAGCCCUGGAUGGGCGCAAACGCAAGCUGCAGACACCAUUGUUUUUUGUCAACUAGAUCACCAAGGAGGUUCAGUACAAUUGCCCGAAUCGAAUAUUACAGUGCAUGUGCCCCAAGGGCAUAUAGCUGUGGGGGAAUUCCAGGAGGUCUCCCUCCGAGCCUUCCUUGACCCUCCCCAAACUCUCAACCACGAUCACUCCUGUACAGUGAGUCCACUGCUGGAAAUCAUGCUAGGCAACCUUAACACAACGGAAGCCAUUUUGCUGGAGAUGAAUAUUGCAGCCAAGGUGAGGGCAGAUCCUUUCAGCCAAGUCAUGACCGAAGUGGUGUGUUUGCACAGCCGGGCCAGAGAAGGGCCUUUCGAAGUGCUGACCAACGGCUACCUUUAUAAAGACACCAUCCAAGUGAAGUUAACGGACUUGAGCAAGGUGAUGUAUUUUGUGGUUGCUGCACAAGUCAAAGCUGUCCAGUCACCAGCUGUCACCGUGUGGGAUUCUAUCCACAAAACCACCUCGAUUGGAAUUUAUGGACCCAAAUAUAUCCAUCCCCGUUUCACUGCCAUUUUCACCAUUUGUGGCCACAGUUACAUGCCAGACAAGCUCACAAUUUCGGAUCUUAAGAGGGGCGGGAAAAACAUGUCUCCGGUUGUGUUUCAGCUCUGGGGGAAGCAUUCAUUUUUACUUGACAAGCCCCAAGAUUUAAGUAUCUCUGUGUGUACAUGUGACGCUGAUUUUGGAGUCAAGGUAGAAGAUGCAAAGAGGGAAAUUAAACAGAAAGAGUUGCAGACUUGCAAAGCCAUCCAUCAACAGUUUUUGUUUUCUUUAGCUAACCCUGGAGAAAUACACUUGUUUGCUUUCAGUGUUCAAGUGGAGCCCCCCAAUGGUAGACCAGUUGCACAGUUCUCUAUCACAACACCUGAUCCGGCCCCAAACCUAAAGAGGUUCUCCAAUUUGCCAGCCCAGUUGAUGGAGAAAGAAGUCAAGUUGGCGCCAUUAGCAUCAGCCCUGCUUGUCAAAUACCCUACAUUUCAAGAUAAAAAACUGAACUUUACCAGUUAUGGGGUCACCCUGAAGACAGUAUUAAGACAAAGCAAGAUCGACUACUUGCAUGAAUAUUUCAAAGGGGACACAAUAGCUCUUCUCGGAGAAGCUAAGAUAAAAGCCCUUGGACAUUCCAAAGUGAAAGAGUGGUAUGUGGGAGUCCUCAGAGGUAAGGUUGGACUUGUACAUUGCAAAAAUGUCAAGGUGAUUUCAAAGGAGCAAGUCAUCUCCAUGUCAGAUAGUGUGUUCACAAGCAGGAAUCUCCUUGAACAGAUAUCUCUGCCCUUUAAAACACUGACUUAUGUCUACUCAAUGGUAUUGACCUUGGUGUCAGAAAAAGUUUAUGAUGGGAAAGUUUUAGCCGAUAUCCUGGGCUACUCACAUCGGGCUCUGGAAGAUUUUGAUCGGGUGCAAGCAGAGAAAGAAGCAGACAAAGUUUCUUACAUUGUAGAGAAGCUUAAGGAAGAUUGUCAUUCAGAUAAAAAUACGAGGAAAUUUCUAUAUGAGCUUAUUGUGGCUCUGUUGAAGAUGGAUUGCCAAAGCUUAGUAGCACAUCUCAUCCAAGAGGCUGUUAUUCUCACCUCUGCUGUCAAGCUUGGGAAAGGCUGGAGGGAGCUAGCUGAAAAGUUAGUAAGACUCACAAAGCAACAGAUGGAGGCAUAUGAAGUUCCUCACCGUGGGAAAACUGGCCAAGUUGCUGUUGAGAUGAUGUGGAAACCAGCCUAUGACUUUCUUCACACGUGGAGCGCUCGCUACGGAAGUAGCUACCGAGACGCGUUACAAGACCUUCAAUCCGCUUUGGACAGAAUGAAAAGCCCCGUGACCAAGCAGUGGCGGGAUUUAACGGGAGCAUUAAUACUAGUCAAUUCUUUAGAGGCUCUGAGAGCAAGUGCUUUCUCAACUUCUGAGGAAGUAUAGAAAUUGGGUGGGGGGGGCGUUGAAGACAAGAAAAGGUAGGAAGGGGACAAUGUAUGUGUGUGUCUGAGAAAGAGAGAGCAAUGGCCUCAGAAGAGGAUUAUACUAGUUUUGUUUUCCAUGUGGAAGCACAGUCUGAAGCAAUAUCCAAGGGUAAGUUUUCUGGGGAAACACUUUAAUGCAUUUUUGUGUAUGCUUCAUGGACAAAUGGUAGGCGACUUUGUUGCUGAGGAA